AGUCUAUAUUACAAUUCUUGAAUUUCUCGUGUCCUUUUAGCACUGCAAAAUAUUUGUUGACAAUGGUGAAGCUAGCAUCAGCUAGAGAGAGUCGAAUGUAUGGGGCAAGGCUAUCUAAAAACAGGGCAGAAUACAUGAACGCAGGGCUCUAUGUGUUUGCAACUAUUGUGCUUAUUGGUGGGUUUGUGGCUGAAUUGUCAAAGGAAACCAAGCCAGGUCUUGUGCUUCUGCUCAUAGCUCUCUUACUUAUUACGGUGGUUAAUCUUCAUGAUCUUGUUGCCCAUCUAGCCGGGAUUGAUUAUCGGUGGCGUCUGAUGGGGUAUGACACACAGCUUGCACUAGUUGAAUUUGCUGUUCCUGUGAUUCAGGCCUUGGGAACUUUGCUUUCUUUCUUGGGUAUUCUUUUUCUUUUUAUUCAGGAAUAUAAAGGAUAUGAUCACUUCAAAUUGGAAAGGCAUGCUUUAAACUUGCUUGCUGCAGGACCAGCUUUCUGGGUGCUUGGAUCCUUACACAACUCAUGCCAAAUAUAUGAAAGAGCUGAUGGGCAUGUGCAAAUCUUGCAACAGAGUGUCCACAUCCCAUUUUUAAUGGGAAGUUCGUUGUUCUUGGUGGGAUCCAUUCUCAAUAUUCGUGAGCAAGCAGGAUGGGGUCAUCAUGGACUGGAAUUAUUGGGCAAGACUUGGGUUUGGAUAGGCUUCUUUGGAAGUCUAAUGUUCUUUAUUGGGGGUUUAACAAAUGUAGUCAAAGUGUUCGAGAUGCAGCAAAUUGAUGGACUAAGGUUAGAGAAAUUGCGAGGAGGAGCUCAAGAGCGUUUGGUACGAGAGAGGGAAGGCCAGGCACCACUAAUCCUAGCAGAGGCCGAGAGGAGGGGGAAAAGGAUAGCCGAAGAAACAAGAGCAGCGCCUAUUCCUGCACCAACUCCUUACAAGGAUGUACUUGUUGGCCAGUCUUGAUUACUUCAAUAAUUUCUGUGCAUCAUUCUAUGUUAUGUUGGUUUCCUGCGUUGCUUUUUCAUAUAAUCCUAGUGGGGAGCAGGAAAAGUAGAGAGAGGAAUUUGUCAAAAGCUUCACGUGCAAUUAUGUUGACUUACUUGGGCAACUUUAAAAUAGAUGAAAUACAUGAGCUAAAAGAGUUCUCUAAAUCAGCUAAACUCUCUGGUUAGAGAUAAUGUAAACUCCUU